AAGUUAAAUGUAUGUUUGUGUUGAUUUUUUCUUUAAAAAAUAGUACUUAAAAUAAAGAUGGGAAAGCAGGAGGCAGCAUCAUGGGAAACAUCCGAAUUAGAGAAUUUUCCCCAUUUAUAUAUAUGUUAAUAAGGGAUACAGUAAUAUUUUUGCGCGUAUAAUAUCAUCUCCCAUUAUUUCAACAACAAUCGAGGAGCAGUAAUGGGUUCGAGCAUCAGUCGUAUAAGAGCAUCAUCAUCAUCGGAGUCAGGUUCAAGACCCAAAAGGAGCAAGUUCAAGUUUUCCUCUUUCUUGUGUGGUGCUUCUACUUCUCACUCACACCAUCAGCUUGAAGAUUAUCCCCAGCCUCCGGUUGGUGCCCGGAAUUCUAUAGCAGAAUCUUCUUCAACAUUUAGUUUAGAAGUUGGUCAUGCGACUCAACCUGAGACAGGAUCCUCAUCAGAAAGCACUAGUGGUCUUAGUCAUGACGCUUUAGUUCAACAUAAGUUGAUAAAUGCCGAAGUGAACAUCAAUAGUGCAUGUCUUUCAAAUGAUAAACAUUCCAUAUGUGACCAGGCAAGAGACAGCUUGGCUGCAGCUGUUAGUACUGAUCCUUUGACAUGCUUGAAUGCUGAAGACUCUCACACUGUGCCAGAAGAGUGCAGAAUCUCAUGUUCACAUGGGGAUUCAAUGGAGGAUCAGGGGGGUGGACCGAUUGAGUCAAGUUCUGAUUCUAGAUCUACUUCUCUUACUUCUGACUCUAUGCCUAGGCAUCAAUUUCUCGAGGGUGAUACCUCCGAAGAGGCAACAACUUCAAGUUCAGGAUUUCUUUUGUUGGAUAGUGAGCUUGGAGUAACCUCCACUCAAGAUGUGCUACAUGUUGAUGUGGUGAGUAUCUCUUCCAACCUUUUAUCUAGUAGCAUUGCUGAUAUAGGCAGUCCAGAAACAAGAAGAAAUAGUAGGAGGCUCUUUUGGGAUGCUAUAUCAAGACACAGUUUAAGAAGGGAUAGUGAUUCUCCAACCAUUGUCUUUGCAACUGGUCAUGCUGAUGAUCUAGGAUCUCGUGACAGAUGGCUAAUUGAUUUUAAUGGUGAUCUCCAUUAUGAUGGGGUUGGACUUGAUUCUGGUUAUGGGGCUGGUAGGAAUCGUCACCGAAGUGAACAAAGACAGCCAACAAGAUCUGAGAUAUCUGAAAGAGUUCUUGAAGGCCUUGGUAGCCGAGUUCCACAACAAAAUCUUUGCUCAUCAGGCCUUCAUCCUGAUGGUACAUGUUCGUGUGAACCUUUACUCACAACUGAAGAGUUCAGUACCCUUGCAAGUAUUUCACGAAUAAUUAUGCUUGCUGAGGCCUUAUUUGAGGUCCUGGAUGAAAUUCAUCGACAAUCUUUCACACUUUCGCUAUCUACGGUUUCGCUUCCAGCUCCAGAUUCUGUUGUGGACUCGUUUCCUCUCAAGUCUCACAAGAAGUUAGGAGCUGUAGAGAAUGCUCCCACUGAUAUCCAACAGUGCCACAUUUGUUUGGCCGAGUAUGAGGAGGGAGACAAACUAAGGGUGCUCCCUUGCCGCCAUGAAUAUCAUAUGCAUUGUAUCGAUAAAUGGCUUAAGGAAGUAAAUCGAGUCUGUCCAGUUUGCAGGUGCAAUGUUUGUGAGAAUUCCGCGGUUGCUUCUGCCCCAAAUUCAGAAGCUUCUUAACGGAUGGUGCUAAUUAUGUAAAUAUAGUACAGACAGGUUUAGAUGAAACUGAAGGAGAACCUUGGAGUAAUUGGUAAAGUUGCUGCAACGUGACCGGGUUCAAGCCUUGGAAACAGCCUCUGGCAGAAAUGCAAGGUAAGGCUGUAUACAAUACACCCUUGUGGUGGGGCACUUCCCGGACCCUGUGCAUAGCGGGAGCUUUAGUGCACUAGGCUACUCUUUUGCAAGGUUUAGGUGAAACUGUGGCAAUGUAAUGUUGAAUCGUGUCUGCAACAUUGUGAAUAUAUUUGCUAUAAGGUAAAAUUGGGCUGGAAAGUGUUA